UACAAUGGCUCCCUCCCGAACGGAGACCGGGGCAGAAGGAAAAGCCGCUUCGCCCUGUACAAGAGAACCAAAGCCAACGGUGUUAAACCCAGCACCGUCCAUAUCCUCAACACCCCACAGGCCAGCAAGGUAAACCAGGAACCUAGUCUGCUCAUGUAGGCUAUUCAUGAAUGAACUAAGUAAUUGGUUGGAUUAAUACUUGAUGAGUUCUCAUGAAAAUGAUUGUCAUUUUUUACAUUAAUUUCUACACACAAAAAAUGUUUUUCAUGUAUCUACAUUGGAACCUCAGUCAAGAAAAUAUUGCUGCUCUAUUGAGAGAUCUGUGACAUUUACUACACAAAAGCUGCAGACUGCAGCCAGUCCUCCAGAAAAGGAGGACUGCUAGAAAUCUGCCUAGUUCAUGUCUGUGCUCUUGCAUUCCAACAUUUGGUCUCCUAGCAAAAUCAAGCACACAUUUCACAGCACUUCUCCUUUUUGAAGUUUGCGUCUUUUGGCUUUAGGCCCUUGAGUCUGGGUUGGUCUCCCACCCCUGUAGCCUGACUGUGAAGUCUGCUGGCUGGCUGCUCUCACUGGGAGAAGGUUAGGCGCUAGCUGAUAAAGGCAGUGUAAUAUCUCAGAUGGCCUGUUUACUGAACUGUACUGUGCUCUGCUCUGUUUCAUGACACUAGGGCUGACCCCAUUUAGUCGAUUGUUUGGUCGAUAGGCUGUUGGUCGACCAAUAUUUCUUUAGUCGAGCAGUAGAAAAAAAACAAUAAUUCAUGGUGUGCAAGACACCUGUCUGAUUUGCGCCUGUCUGGGUGAACUAAUCCAUUGUGGAGGCCGUGGGGAUGGCACAGUCCUACACUCUAAGGCAGGGGUGUCAAACGUACGGCCCGCGGGCCGGAUCAGGAUCAUUAUUAUUAUUUUUUUGGUAAAGUAUAAAAAUGCGCUGCAAUUUUUCAAUAAAAUUAACUGCUGUUCCAAUUGCGUCCACUGGAUGGCGCAAUAGCAAGCAAACUGUUUAUACCGGGGCAGAGCAAGUAGGUCAAGCACGUGCAGCCAAUGAGCUACUUUGUUUUGCCCGCGAUAUUUAUUACGGCUUCUACUUUUAACAUUAUGUGCUUUGGCACCCUCAUUGCCCCAAUAUGUCUCUGUCAAAAAAGAGAAAAGUGGACGCAGAGUGUUCCAAGAAAAGGGGUCAUCCUAUUUAUUCACGGAAUUGAAUGGGAAAGCUGUAUGUUUGGUGUGUUCAGAGCAUGUUGCAGUGCUGAAAGAAUAUAACCUUCGUCGCCACUAUGUGAGUCUUCAUGCCGACAAGUAUGACAACUUUCAAGGACAGCGGAGAUGAGAGAAGGUGAAUGAACUGUUGGCGGGUCUGAAGAAACAGCAGUCUGUGUUUACUCACAGCCGAGACAUCAGUGACGCUGCAGUGAAAGCUAGCUACCUCAUUGCUAAUGAAAUCGCAGUGGCUUCAAAACCAUUUAGUGAGGGUGAAUUUGUAAAAACAUGCAUGAUGAAGGCAGCGGAGAUUGUGUGCCCUGAAAAGCGGCAGGCUUUUGCAAAUAUCAGCCUGACAAGAAACACAGUUGCAGACAGGAUUUCCGAUCUUUCAGUGGAUUUGGAUAGCCAGUUGAAGCAAAAAGCAAAGUCAUUUAUUGCGUUUUCGGUUGCAAUUGAUGAAAGCACGGACAUUACAGAUGUUGCACAACUGGCCAUUUUCAUCCGCGGAGUUGAUGACACAUUGACCGUCACCGAGGAGUUCGUGGAGUUGGUGCCGAUGACAGAUACAACGACAGCAGCUGAUAUUUUUACCGCACUCGUCGGCGCGCUGGACAGUGUCGGAGUGGACUGGUCCCGCGCUGUCAACAGAUGGUGCGCCCUCAAUGAACGGGAAAAAAGCAGGCGUUGUGACAAAGUUCAGAGAGAAAGUGCAAUCUGCAAAUGGAGGACGUGAUUUUUUGACUUUUCACUGUAUUUUGCACCAGGAGGCUUUGUGUUGCAAGUCAUUAAAGAUGGAUAACGUCAUGAAGGUGGUCAUCCAAACUGUUAAUUUCAUCCGAUCCAGAAGCCUGAAUCACCGUCAGUUUGACAGCCUUCUGUUGUAUGUUGAUCGUAUUAAAACAAAGAAAACAAUCUGAAGUUGUUGUUUUUAAGUUAUAUAUACACCAUGAUUUUUCCGGUCCGGCCCACUUGGGAAUAGAUUUUCCUCCAUGUGGCCCCUGAGCUAAAAUGAGUUUGACACCCCUGCUCUAAGGCAUGUGCUACUGAAAUGGUUAAGGACAAUGGUGCAACACAACAAAUUAUAUUAUUUUAUAACAAAUGCGCUUUCUACCGCGUUUUGAUAGCGGUCGCUGUCCGCGGUUCUGAAACAUCAGUGCGCUGUUGAAUUAGUGCCUUUUCCUAGACCAUGUUGCUAUGCGCAUAAUAGCAAAGUUAACCUGCAUAUUGGUGUUGAGAACAAUAGGGCGGAGGCAGCAGCGGAGUUAGGAGACGAGAAAACAGCCCUUGCCUUAAUUGUCUAGGAAAAGUGAGGAGAGCGGAAACCCCAACUUAAUUAGGUAUAUAAUCAAUAGCAUAACUGUUAAAUGUGCCUGGCUUUAUAAAUCAUCCAUAUAUACAGUGGGGGAAAAAGUAUUUAGUCAGCCACCAAUUGUGCAAGUUCUCCCACUUAAAAAGAUGAGAGAGGCCUGUAAUUUUCAUCAUAGGUACACGUCAACUAUGACAGACAAAUUGAGAAAAAAAAAUCCAGAAAAUCACAUUGUAUGAUCUUUUAUGAAUUUAUUUGCAAAUUAUGGUGGAAAAUAAGUAUUUGGUCACCUACAAACAAGCAAAUUUCUGGCUCUCACAGACCUGUAACUUCUUAUUUAAGAGGCUCCUCUGUCCUCCACUCGUUACCUGUAUUAAUGGCACCUGUUUGAACUUGUUAUCAGUAUAAAAGACACCUGUCCACAACCUCAAACAGUCACACUCCAAACUCCACUAUGGCCAAGACCAAAGAGCUGUCAAAGGACACCAGAAACAAAAUUGUAGACCUGCACCAGGCUGGGAAGACUGAAUCUGCAAUAGGUAAGCAGCUUGGUUUGAAGAAAUCAACUGUGGGAGCAAUUAUUAGGAAAUGGAAGACAUACAAGACCACUGAUAAUCUCCCUCGAUCUGGGGCUCCACGCAAGAUCUCACCCCGUGGGGUCAAAAUGAUCACAAGAACGGUGAGCAAAAUUCCCAGAACCACACGGGGGGACCUAGUGAAUGACCUGCAGAGAGCUGGGACCAAAGUAACAAAGCCUACUAUCAGUAACACACUACGCCGCCAGGGACUCAAAUCCUGCAGUGCCAGACGUGUCCCCCUGCUUAAGCCAGUACAUGUCCAGGCCCGUCUGAAGUUUGCUAGAGUGCAUUUGGAUGAUCCAGAAGAGGAUUGGGAGAAUGUCAGAUGAAACCAAAAUAGAACUUUUUGGUAAAACCUCAACUCGUCGUGUUUGGAGGACAAAGAAUGCUGAGUUGCAUCCAAAUAACACCAUACCUACUGUGAAGCAUGGGGGUGGAAACCUCAUGAUUUGGGGCUGUUUUUCUGCAAAGGGACCAGGACGACUGAUCCGUGUAAAGGAAAGAAUGAAUGGGGCUAUGUAUCGUGAGAUUUUGAGUGAAAACCUCCUUCCAUCAGCAAGGGCAUUGAAGAUGAAACGUGGCUGGGUCUUUCAGCAUGACAAUGAUCCCAAACACACUGCCCGGGCAACGAAGGAGUGGCUUCGUAAGAAGCAUUUCAAGGUCCUGGAGUGGCCUAGCCAGUCUCCAGAUCUCAACCCCAUAGAAAAUCUUUGGAGGGAGUUGAAAGUCCGUGUUGCCCAGCGACAGCCCCAAAACAUCACUGCUCUAGAGGAGAUCUGCAUGGAGGAAUGGGCCAAAAUACCAGCAACAGUGUGUGAAAACCUUGUGAAGACUUACAGAAAACGUUUGACCUGUGUCAUUGCCAACAAAUGGUAUAUAACAAAGUAUUGAGAAACUUUUAUUGACCAAAUACUUAUUUUCCACCAUAAUUUGCAAAAAAAAUCAUUAAAAAUCCUACAAUGUGAUUUUCUGGAUUUUUUUCCCUCAUUUUGUCUGUCAUAGUUGACAUGUACCUAUGAUGAAAAUUACAGGCCUCUCUCAUCUUUUUAAGUGGGAGAACUUGCACAAUUGGUGGCUGACUAAAUACUUUUUUCCCCCACUGUGUGUGUGUGUAUGUGUGUGUAUAUGUGUGUGUGUGUAUAUAUAUAUAUAUAUAUAUAUAUAUAUAUAUAUAUAUAUAUACACACACACACACACACAGUGGGGAGAACAAGUAUUUGAUACACUGCCGAUUUUGCAGGUUUUCCUACUUACAAAGCAUGUAGAGGUCUGUAAUUUUUAUCAUAGGUACACUUCAACUGUGAGAGACAGAAUCUAAAACAAAAAUCCAGAAAAUCACAUUGUAUAAUUUAAGUAAUUGAUUUGCAUUUUAUUGCAUGACAUAAGUAUUUGAUACAUCGGAAAAGCAGAACUUAAUAUGUGUUACAGAAACCUUUGUUUGCAAUUACAGAGAUCAUAUGUUUCCUGUAGGUCUUGACCAGGUUUGCACACACUGCAGCAGGGAUUUUAGUCCCACUCCUCCAUACAGACCUUCUCCAGAUCCUUCAGGUUUCGGGGCUGUCGCUGGGCAAUAUGGACUUUCAGCUCCCUCCAAAGAUUUUCUAUUGGGUUCAGGUCUGGAAACUGGCUAGGCCACUCCAGGACCUUGAGAUGCUUCUUACGGAGCCACUCCUUAGUUGCCCUGGCUGUGUGUUUCGGGUCGUUGUCAUGCUGGAAGACCCAGCCAUGACCCAUCUUCAAUACUCUUACUGAGGGAAGGAGGUUGUUGGCCAAGAUCUCGCGAUACAUGGCCCCAUCCAUCCUCCCCUCAAUACGGUGCAGUCGCCCUGUCCCCUUUGCAGAAAAGCAUCCCCAAAGAAUGAUGUUUCCACCUCCAUGCUUCACGGUUGGGAUGGUGUUCUUGGGGUUGUACUCAUCCUUCUUCUUCCUCCAAACACGGUGAGUGGAGUUUAGACCAAAAAGCUCUAUUUUUGUCUCAUCAGACAACAUGACCUUCUCCCAUUCCUCCUCUGGAUCAUCCAGAUGGUCAUUGGCAAACUUCAUACGGGCCUGGACAUGCGCUGGCUUGAGCAGGGGGACCUUGCGUGCGCUGCAGGAUUUUAAUCCAUGACGGCGUAGUGUGUUACUAAUGGUUUUCUUUGAGACUGUGGUCCCAGCUCUCUUCAGGUCAUUGACCAGGUCCUGCCGUGUAGUUCUGGGCUGAUCCUUCACCUUUCUCAUGAUCAUUGAUGCCCCACGAGGUGAGAUCUUGCAUGGAGCCGCAGACCGAGGGUGAUUGACCGUCAUAUUGAACUUCUUCCAUUUUCUAAUAAUUGCGCCAACAGUUGUUGCCUUCUCACCAGGCUGCUUGCCCAUUGUCCUGUAGCCCAUCCCAGCCUUGUGCAGGUCUACAAUUGUAUCCCUGAUGUUCUUACACAGCUCUCUGGUCUUGGCCAUUGUGGAGAGGUUGGAGUCUGUUUGAUUGAGUGUGUGGACAGAUGUAUUUUAUACAGGUAACGAGUUCAAACAGGUGCAGUUAAUACAGGAAAUGAGUGGAGAACAGGAGUGAUUCUUAAAGAAAAACGAACAGGUCUGUGAGAGCCGGAAUUCUUACUGCUUGGUAGGUGAUCAAAUACUUAUGUCAUGCAAUAAAAUGCUAAUUAAUUACUUAAAAUCAUACAAUGUGAUUUUCUGGAUUAUUUUUUUCGAUUGCGUCUCUCACAGUUGAAGUGUACCUAUGAUAAAAAUUACAGACCUCCUACAUGCUUUGUAAGUAGGAAAACCUGCAAAAUCGGCAGUGUAUCAAAUACUUGUUCUCCCCACUGUGUGUGUGUGUGUGUGUAUAUAUAUAUAUACAUACAUACAUACAUACAUACAUACAUACAUACAUACAUACAUACAUACAUACAUACAUACACACACACACACACACACACACACACACACACACACACACACACACACACACACACACACACACACACACACACACACACACACACACACACACACACACACACACACACACACACACACACACACACAGUGAGGGGGAAAAGUAUUUGAUCCCCUGCUGAUUUUGUAUGUUUGCCCACUGACAAAGAAAUGAUCAGUCUAUAAUUUUAAUGGUAGGUUUAUUUGAACAGUGAGAGACAGAAUAACAACAAAAAAAUACAGAAAAACGCAUGUCAAAAAUGUUAUAAAUUGAUUUACAUUUUAAUGAGGGAAAUAAGUAUUUUACCCCCUCUCAAUCACAAAGAUUUCUGGUUCCCAGGUGUCUUUUAUACAGGUAACGAGCUGAGAUUAGGAGCACACUCUUAAAGGGAGUGCUCCUAAUCUCAGUUUGUUACCUGUAUAAAAGACACCUGUCCACAGAAGCAAUCAAUCAAUCAGAUUCCAAACUCUCCAUCAUGGCCAAGACCAAAGAGCUCUCCAAGGAUGUUAGGGACAAGAUUGUAGACCUACACAAGGCUGGAAUGGGCUACAAGACCAUCGCCAAGCAGCUUGGUGAAAAGGUGACAACAGUUGGUGCGAUUAUUCACAAAUGGAAGAAACACAAAAUAACUGUCAAUCUCCCUCGGCCUGGGGCUCCAUGCAAGAUCUCACCUCGUGGAGUUGCAAUGAUCAUGAGAACGGUGAGGAAUCAGCCCAGAACUACACGGGAGGAUCUUGUCAAUGAUCUCAAGGCAGCUGGGACCAUAGUCACCAAGAAAACAAUUGGUAACACACUACGCCGUAAAGGACUGAAAUCCUGCAGCGCCCGCAAGGUCCCCCUGCUCAAGAAAGCACAUAUACAGGCCCGUCUGUAGUUUGCCAAUGAACAGCUGAAUGAUUCAGAGGAGAACUGGGUGAAAGUGUUGUGGUCAGAUGAGACCAAAAUCGAGAAUCAACUCAACUCGCUGUGUUUGGAGGAGGAGGAAUGCUGCCUAUGACCCCAAGAACACCAUCCCCACCGUCAAACAUGGCGGUGGAAACAUUAUGCUUUGGGGGUGUUUUUCUGCUAAGUGGACAGGACAACUUCACCGCAUCAAAGGGACGAUGGACGGGGCCAUGUACCGUCAAAUCUUGGGUGAGAACCUCCUUCCCUCAGCCAGGGCAUUGAAAAUGGGUCGUGGAUGGGUAUUCCAGCAUGACAAUGACCCAAAACACAUGGCCAAGGCAACAAAGGAGUGGCUCAAGAAGAAGCACAUUAAGGUCCUGGAGUGGCCUAGCCAGUCUCCAGACCUUAAUCCCAUAGAAAAUCUGUGGAGGGAGCUGAAGGUUCGAGUUGCUAAACGUCAGCCUCGAAACUUUAAUGACUUGGAGAAGAUCUGCAAAGAGGAGUGGAACAAAAUCCCUCCUGAGAUGUGUGCAAACCUGGUGGCCAACUACAAGAAACGUCUGACCUCUGUGAUUGCCAACAAGGGUUUUGCCACCAAGUACUAAGUCAUGUUUUGCAGAGGGGUCAAAUACUUAUUUCCCUCAUUUAAAAUUUAUGCGUUUCUUGAUUUUUUUGUUUUUUGUUAUUAUGUCUCUCACUGUUCAAAUAAACCUACCAUUAAAAUUAUAGACUGAUCAUGUCUUUGUCAGUGAGCAAACGUACAAAAUCAGCAGGGGAUCAAAUACUUUUUUCCUUAUAUAUAUAACUCCACUAAUUUGAAGGGGUGUCCACAUACUUUUGUGUAUGUAUGUAUGUAUGUAUGUAUGUAUGUAUGUAUGUGUGUGUGUAUAUAUAUAUAUAUAUAUAUAUAUAUAUAUAUAUAUAUAUAUACACACACACACACACACACACACACACACACACACACACACACACACACACACACACACACACACACACACACACACACACACACACACACAGUUGAAGUCGGAAGUUAACAUACACCUUAGCCAAAUACAUUUAAACUCAGUUUUUCACAAUUCCUGACAUUUUAUUCCUAGUAAAAAUUCCCUGUCUUAGGUCCGUUAUGAUCACCACUUUAUUUUUUCCACAAGCUUCCCAUAAUAAGUUGGGUGAAUUUUGGCCCAUUCCUCCUGACAGAGCUGGUGUAACCGAGUCAGGUUUGUAGGCCUCCUUGCUCACACACGCUUUUUCAGUUCUGCCCACAAAUUGUCUAUAGGAUUGAGGUCAGGGCUUUGUGAUGGCCACUCCAAUACCUUGACUUUGUUGUCCUUAAGCCAUUUUGCCACAACUUUGGAAGUAUGCUUGGGGUCUUCCUGACUGAUGUCUUGAUGUUGCUUCAAUAUAUCCACAUAAUUUUCCUUCCUCAUGAUGCCAUCUAUUUUGUGAAGUGCACCAGUCCCUCCUGCAGCAAAUUACCCCCACAGCAUGAUGCUGCCACCCCCGUGCUUCACGGUUGAGAUGGUGUUCUUCGGCUUGCAAGCGUUCCCCCUUUUUCCUCCAAACAUAACAAUGGUCAUUAUGGCCAAACAGUUCUAUUUUUGUUUCAUCAGACCAGAGGACAUUUCUCCAAAAGGUAAGAUCUUUGUCCCCAUGUGCAGUUGCAAACUGUAGUCUGGCUUUUUUAUGGCGUUCGGAGCAGUGGCUUCUUCCUUGCUGAGCUGCCUUUCAGGUUAUGUCGAUAUAGGACUCGUUUUACUGUGGAUAUAAAGAUUUUUGUACCUGUUUCCUCCAGCAUCUUCACAAGGUCCUUUGCUGUUGUUCUAGGAUUGAUUUGCACUUUUCGUACCAAAGUACGUUCAUCUCUAGGAGACAGAAUGCGUCUCCUUCCUGAGCGGUAUGGCGGCUGCGUGGUCCCAUGAUGUUUAUACUUGCGUACUAUUGUUUGUACAGAUGAACGUGGUACCUUCAGGCGUUUGGAAAUUGCUCCCAAGGAUGAACCAGACUUGUCGAUUUUUCUUUUGAUUUUCCCAUGAUGUCAAGCAAAGAGGCACUGACUUUGAAGGUAGGCCUUGAAAUACAUCCACAUGUACACCUCCAAUUGACUCAAAUUAUGUCCAUUUGCCUAUCAGAAGCUUCUAAAGCGAUGACAUCAUUUUCUGGAAUUUUCCAAGUUGUUUAAAGGCACAGUCAACUUAGUGUAUAUAAACUUCUGAACCACUGGAAUUGUGAUACAAUGAAUUAUAAGUGAAAUAAUCUGUCUGUAAACAAUUGUUGGAAAAAUUACUUGUCAUGCACAAAGUAGAUGUCCUAACCGACUUGCCAAAACUAUAGUUUGUUAAGAAUAAAUUUGUGGAGUGGUUGAAAAAUGAGUUUUAAUGACGCCAACCGAAGUGUGUGUGUGUGAGAGAGAGACUUACUGAAGAGCUCAGUGACUUUCAGUGUGGCACCGUCAUAGCAUGCCACCUUUCCAACAAGUCAGUUCGUCAAAUAUCUGCCCUGCUAGAGCUGCCCCGGUCAACUGUAAGUGCUGUUAUUGUGACGUUGAAACGUCCAGGAGUAACAGCGGCUCAGCCGCAAAGUGGUAGGCCACACAAGCUCACAGAACAGGACCGCUGUCUUCGGUCCUUUAGGAUCACCACGGAAACUACCUGAAAACAAUUUCACAAUUUCGGCUGUUUUUAAUCUUUGCUAUGCUGUAAUAAAAGCUUUACACUUUUUUUUUCAUCAGAACAGCCCCUGGUAUUACUUAUUUAUUUAGUGUUGUUUACAUUGUUUCAAAUAGUCAGAAAUUAUAUUAACAAUAAUAACCCUCCUUUUUCUUGAUCUCCUUGUUUUUAUUAUGAUUAUUAUAAUAAGUAUUGUUGUUAUCUUUAGUAGGCUUAGUAUAGCAGCUUUGUAUAACCACCAUCGAGCUGUAGGCCUAAGAGCACAUCCUGUUUUAGUCUUAAUACAAAUAAAAUAAAAUGUUAUUAGUCACAUACAUGUGUUUAGCUGUUAUUGCUGGUGUAGCGAAAUGCUUGUGCUUCUAGCUCCGACAGUGCAGUAAUAUCUAACAAUUUCACAACAUAUACACACAAAUCUAAGUGUGUAAAACCCCUAGCACCUUCACCUCCCUUUUCCCUCUGCCACUCUGUUAUCACCCUGGUAUCAGGGCCUGUAUUUAGCUUGGUUUAGUGGGUGAAGUGAGGAGGAAGUUGUUGCAAUUGGCUGACCUUCCGCUCACAGCUGUACACACAAAGAUGAAAUGGCUGUUCAUUCUGGCAGGCAAGAAAGGGAACCUUGUUUUGAAAUUCUCCCUUUUGUGGCCCUCAGUAGCCUACCACUGUUGUCAGUGAAUGAGUUCAACAUACCUAUCGUCCUUGAGCCAGCACUGAGAGUUCUAUUUGAAAGCAGAGAUGUGAGAUGUCCAUUGAGAGGGCAACUAUUAUGGAUAUCCGUUUGUAUCCCCCGAUGCGUUCUCUCGCUCAGUAAGAAUGUGUUUCUCACUCUGUUUUCACUCACUCACCCAAGAAGACACACACACCAUGUGAACAUAGUGAGAAGGCUGACUGACUGAAUGAGUGGGGCUAUGCACACUCUGGCAGAUAAUGAGGAUCUCUGCCACUGCCAGACUCCUAUUCAAAUCAUGCCUCUGCUCUCUAAUCUUCCCUCUUGAUCUCAAUUAGAGGGGUCUGUCCGGGUGUGUGUGUCUUUGUGAUGUGUGUUCCUUUGGGUGUUCCCUAACAUAAGGUUUAGGCCACUUCUUUCUCCAGAUCUCAUUUGGUUGCGUGGGACUUUAGCACUGGGUAUGCAGAAAUCCAAAAGGAGAACCAAAUGUUGUGUUGAAAAUGUUAGUUAACUCUAUCAUAGUUUAUGUUUCUAACUCCCGCAGACCCCCCCCCCCCCCCACCCCCCCACCCCUGGUAGCUUGGGUCGUAUGUAGACCGUGCCUAGUGUAGCGGGAGGGCUGUGACUGAUAAACUGUAUCUGACCACAGACCGACACGGAUAGAUGGAUGUUGGCAGUGUGCUCUGUGUUAUCAAGACAAGCCCCAGUAUGUCUCACUACUGACAUUUCUGGAUCUCUUUUUGUUGUUGUUGCUGCAGCUGCACAAUACAGCAAUUGUGAGUGACCCACUUUUACGUCUCCCUCUCUCCCUUGCUCACGUGAUGGAGCUGUUAAGGGAAAUGGAAUUUAGAUUCUGAUUAGAGUGGAUGGGAUGGGUGGUGGCACGGCUGUAUUUGAGAGGCUUGAAAUGAAUCCCCCCUCACGGAGCUCAGCUGAUAGCCUGGCCUUUGUUGACUGAGCCUAGAGGCUGGUUUAUGGUCACUGUAAUGGAAGUGUUACAUCAUAAGAACACUGAUCCCUACUGUCCCAUUCUGAGUAUUACUGUCCUGACUCUAUUUGUUUUCAUCCAGUGAUAUAAUCAAGGGGUUGUGCAACAGUCUAAUGAUUUCCUCAACACGAGUGGUGGAGCGGUUGCGGAAGGCAGUUUCCGAUCGUGACUCCCUGGCACACGGCUGCUCUGUGAUCUAAUGUUGUGAGAACAAACAGUGGUCAUAAGAUGCUACCUGGUCAGUAGUAACCUGCCUAAAUGACUACUGACCCGUAGCACGUCUGUAGCGAUGAAGUGCUGUGAAAGGCUGGUCAUGGCUCACAUAAACGGCAUCAUCCCAGAAACCCUAGACCCACUCCAAUUUGCAUACCACCCAAACAGAUCCACAAAUGACGCAAUCUCUAUUGCACUCAACACUGCCCUUUCCCACCUGGACAAAAGGAACACCUACGUGAGAAUGCUAUUAAUUGACUACAGCUCAGCGUUCAACACCAUAGUGCCCUCAAAGCUCAUCACUAAGCUAAGGACCCUGGGACUAAACACCUCCCUCUGCAACUGGAUCCUGGACUUCCUGAUGGGCUGCCCCCAGGUGUUAAGGGUAGGCAACAACACAUCUGUCAUGCUGAUCCUCAACACGGGGCCCCUCAGGGGUGUAUGCUUAGUCCCCUCCUGUACUCCCUGUUCACCCAUGACUGCGUGGCCAAGCACGACUCCAACACCAACAUUAAGUUUGCCGACGACACAACGGUGGUACGCCUGAUCACCGACAAUGAUGAGACAGCCUAUAGGAAGGAGGUCAGAGACCUGGCGGUGUGGUGCCAGGACAACAACCUCUCCCUCAACGUGAUCAAGACAAAGGAGAUGAUCGUGGACUACAGGAAAAGGAGGGCCGAGCAUGCCCGCAUUCUCAUCGACGGGGCUGUAGUGGAGCAGGUUGAGAGUUUCAAGUUCCUUGGUGUCCACAUCACCAACAAACUAUCAUGGUCCAAACACACCAAGACAGCACAACAACGCCUAUUCCCCUUCAGGAGACUGGAAAGAUUUGGCAUGGGUCCUAAGAUCCUCAAAAUGUUAUACAGCUGCACCAUCGAGAGCAUCCUGACUAGUUGCAUCACCGACUGGUAUGGCAACUGCUCGGCCUCUGACCGCAAGGCACUACAGAGGGUAGUGCGUACGGCCCAGUACAUCACUGGGGCCAAGCUUCCUGCCAUUUAGGACCUCUAUACCAGCCGGUGUCAGAGGAAGGCCAUAAAAAUUGUCAAAGACUCCAGCCACCCUAGUCAUAGACUGUUCUCUCUGCUACCGCACGGCAAGCGGUACCGGAGUGCCAAGUCUCUAGGUCCAAAAGUCUUCUUAACAGCUUCUACCCCCAAGCAAUAAGACACCUGAACAGCUAAUCAUGGCUACCCAGACUAUUUGCAUUCCCCCCCCCACCUCAACCCCCUCUUUUACGCAGCUGCUACUCUGUUUAUUAUUUAUGCAUAGUCACUUUAACUCUACCCACGUAAAAAUUACAUUGACUAACCUGUACCCCCGCACAUUGACUCGGUACCGGUACCCCCUGUAUAUAGCCUCGUUAUUGUUAUUUUAUUGUUGCUCUUUCAUCUUUUAUUUUUUACUUUAGUUUAUUUAGUAAAUACUUUUCUUAACUCUUAUUUUUCUUAAAUGCAUUGUUGGUUAAGGGCUUGUAAGUAAGCAUUUCACGGUAAGGUUAUAUUCGGCGCAUGUUACAAAUAAAAUUUGAUUUGAUUUCAUCACCUUUUAUAGCACUGAAGAAGCCCUUUGUUUCAAUAGAUCUGUAUGAUUUAAUUAGUAAUGAGCUCAUACAAUAAUGUAAUUUACAUAUGACUGUUAAUAUCCUAUUAAGAGUUUCAAUGUAAAAUAACUGUCAUCAGUCCAUUGUAUGCAUGUGUAGAAUGCAUCUUCUGAUCUUCCUCUGCUGCUGUUGUUUCAGGCGGUGAACUGCAAAGGGCAGCACAGUAUUUCCUACACUCUGUCCAGGAACCAGACGGUAGUGGUGGAAUACUGCCAUGACAAUGACACAGACAUGUUUCAGGUAAAUCCACCCGUUUCAAUAUUCCAGAUGCUCCAUUGGUCUGAGUUUAGCAGAUUACCCUGCCAUACAGUGGCUUGCGAAAGUAUUCACCCCCUUGCCAUUUUUCCUAUUUCGUUGCCUUACAACCUGGAAUUAAAAUGGAUUUUUUGGGGGUUUGUAUCAUUUGAUUUACACAACAUGCCUACCCCUUUGAAGAUGCAAAUUAAAAGAUUUUGUAAAACAAACAAGAAAUAAGACAAAAAAACAGAACUUGAGCGUGCAUAACUAUUCACCCCCCCAAAGUCAAUACUUUGUAGAGCCACUUUUUGCAGCAAUUACAGCUGCAAGUCUCUUGGGGUAUGUUAUUAUAAGCUUGGCACAUCUAGCCACUGGGAUUUUUGCCCAUUCUUCAAGGCAAAACUGCUCCAGCUCCUUCAAGUUGGAUGGGUUCCGCUGGUGUACAGCAAUCUUUAAGUCAUACCACAGAUUCUCAAUUGGAUUGAGGUCUGGGCUUUGACUAGGCCAUUGCAAGACAUUAACAUUUUUCUCCUUAAACCACUUGAGUGUUGCUUUAGCAGUAUGCUUAGGGUCAUUGUCCUGCUGGAAGGUGAACCUCCGUCCCAGUCUCUGGAAGACUGAAACAGGUUUCCUCAAGAAUUUCCCUGUAUUUAGCGCCAUCCUUCAAUUCUGACCAGUUUCCCAGUCCCUGCCGAUAAAAAAACAUCCCCACAGCAUGAUGCUGCCACCACCAUGCUUCACUGUGGGGAUGGUGUUCUCGGGAUAAUGAGAGGUGUUGGGUUUGCGCCAGACAUAGCGUUUUCCUUGAUGGCCAAAAAGCUCAAUUUUAGUCUCAUCUGACCAGAGUACCUUCUUCCAUAUGUUUGGGGAGUCUCCCACAUGCGUUUGGCAAACACCAAACGUGUUUGCUUAUUUUUUUCUUUAAGUAAUGGCUUUUUUUCUGGCCACUCUUCCGUAAAGCCCGGCUUUGUGGAGUGUAAGGCUUAAAGUUUAUAAGGCAAUCUGCUUAGUAAUAUUAAUUGUAUAUGUUAUUGCAUUUUAACAAUCAACUCUGGUCUGUUUUAUUUAUUUCUUAAUGCCUCAUAUGGAAUUGUUUGCUACAUAGCUGGGCAGUGUUUCUAUAGCACUCUGGUCUCUCUGUGUCAGUCUGUCCCUGUCUCUCUUUGUCCCCACCCCACUCCUUCCCUCAAGUGAACAUGUGUUCUGUACACUAUCCCCUAGCGUUAAUCUAAAUUUACAUCAGGGAGACCGCUCCACUCCCACCAGAUGGAGAAGUUCUACUGCUCCAGACAAGUGCUUUACAUUCAAACCUUUUAAUGUGUCCAUGUGUCUGCAAACAGCACUAAGUAAACAAAAGCCAUACCCAGCAGAGAGCUGAUUUUAAAAAACCCACUCAAGGACAAACGUUGGCCUACUAAAAUAACGUUUGACACUUCAGAUAGAGCUUGUCGAUCUUCAGCUCGACAAGCUGAAAAUCUUAUUAGUAAAUCUCGAUACCAAAAUUAUGAACAUGGAGAGAAAUCAGGGAAAAUAUUUGCACACCAGCUGCGUCAGAGAACCGAGACUCAAACCAUACCUGAGAUAAAUAUCGAGCUGGGUAACAAGUGUAUUGAUCAUUUAGAGAUCAAUUCAUGCUUUCAUAACUUUUACUCACAAUUAUACAUUUUGGAAUCCGCUGGUAACGCUACCUUAUUCAACACCUUCUUUGAGAACUUAGAUAUUCCCACAGUUGAACCUAAGAUACUGUAGCUGCUGAAUUGGAAGAACAGUUCUCUGUAGAAGAGAUUGUUGGCAAUUAAAUCUGUGCAGUGUGGUAAAUCCUCUGGGCCCGGCGGAUUUCCGAGCGAAUUCUUUAAAGAAUUCUCAGAUCAACUUUUUCCUCUCUUGCUUUCAGUAUUUGAGGAAUCAUUCUCCUCAAACUCUUUACCCUCAACAAUGAGACAGGCAUAUAUUUCACUUAUUGUAAAAAAUGUAAACUCUUGUGGUUCAUAUAGGCCAAUUUCUUUAUUAAAUUGCAAUGUAAAGAUACUUUUUAAGAUGCUUGCCCGCCAUUUUGAGUCAGUCCUUCCCUCCAUUAUCUCUACAGAUCAAACUGGUUUCAUUUCAAAAUCGUCAUUCUUUUUUCAACAUUGGACAUCUUUAUAUAUACUUUAUAAUCCCUCUUCAUCUGACAAGCCAGAGAUAUUGUUAUCACUAGAUGCCGAGAAGGCGUUUGAUCAGGUGGAGUGGGGUUAUCUUUUUUAUACUCUCAAACAAUUUGGAUUUGAUCCCAAUUUUAUAUCCUGUAUCAAAGUCCUUUACUCCUCCUCUAUGGCAGCAGUGCGCGCAAAUAAUAACCUUUCAUCCUAUCUCCAACUUCAACGUGGGACAAGACAGGGUUCGUCCUCUGUCGGCUCCGCUGUUUGCCAUCGCAAUCGAGCCUUUAGCCAUAGCAAUAUGUAAUAACGCCACUAUCAAAGGUAUUCGAAAAGGGUGUUAAGAGAAUAAAGUCUCACUCUAUGCGAAUGACAUUCUAUUUAUCUAACACUUUAACUGAUUUUCCAGAGAUCCAGGAUCUACUACAGACAUUUUGGUAAAAUAUCUGGGUAUAAAGUUAAUCUACAAAACAGUGAAUUGAUGUCUAUUGAUCCUGUGCAAACUUAUUUUAGUAAUGUGCCCUUCAAAGUGAGUACACAGAAAUUGAGAUACUUGAGAACUUGGGUUACACACGAUUUCAAAGAUCUCUAUAUAGCCAAUUUCCCUCCCUUGAAACUCCACCUGAAACAGGAUCUUGAACGCUGGGAUUUACGUUCUCUUUCUUUGGGUGGAAGAAUUAACGCUGUUAAAAUGAAUGUAUUACUUAAGCUUUUAUACUUAUUUCAAUGUAUUCCUAUCUUUCUGACAAAAUAUUUUUUUUAUCUCCAUAGAUAAACUGAUAUCUGCUUUUAUCUGGAACAAGAAAAACCCCUCGGAUAUGUAAAAGCGUAUUGCAGAGAUCUCGCCCCCAGGGUGGUCUAGCACUUCCGAACUUUCUAUAUUAUUACUGGGCAGCUAAUAUAAGAAUCCUGAUGAAUUGGAUGACAGAAAUCCCUGAUGUUGCAGGCCCGAAAUGGUUGACCUUAGAGAUUUCAUCCUGUGGCCCCACCUCCUUAGCUGCGCCUCUGCUCAAAACUCACAUUAGUUGAGCCUGUUUCCAAAUACACUAAAAACCCUAUUGUGAAACAUUCUCAAAACAUCUGUAAACAGUUCAGGCGAUCGUUUUCUCUCAGUGAAUUUUCGACUUCUGCCCUGUUAUUAAGGAACCAUACAUUCUCUCCAUCAGUAUUAGACAGGGCGUUUCAUAUCUGGUCUGGAAAGGGGAUCUCCUCACUGAAUGACUUGAACAUUGAUAUGGAUUUUGCAUCUUUUGAACAGUUAGUACAGAAGUUAAAUAUUCCUAGAUCCCAUUUAUUUAGGUACCUACAACUGCAUAGUUUUGUAUCUUCACGUUCUAGUCACUUCCCAUCACGCCCACCUACCUCCCUUCUAGACUCUGUUUUUAAAUGUAUCCUUAUAUCAAUGGAGGCAUAGGUUUGGUCUAUACCAGGGUUCCCCAACUGGCGGGCCGAAUUUGGCCCGCUGGUGGUUUUAUUUGCCCCCAAAGUUUUCUGAGCAAAUAAAUAAAUAAAAUAACAUGUUUUGUGUGGAAUUUUCAUUGUUUGACAUAAGACUGUAAAAACACCAGGAAAUCAGCUCCAAGUGACUUUAAUUUAAGAAAUCUGUUCCCAAGUAUUUCCACGCAUAACAGAGACACGUGAUCGUGGAGUAGCAGAGAACAGUCUAUGACUAGGGUGGCUGGAGUCUUUGACAAUUUUUAUGGCCUUCCUCUGACACCGCCUGGUAUAGAGGCCCUGGAUGGCAGGAAGCUUGGCCCCAGUGAUGUACUGCGCCGUACGCACUACCCUCUGUAGUGCCUUGCGGUCGGAGGCCGAGCAGUUGCCAUACCAGUCAGUGAUGCAACCAGUCAGGAUGCUCUCGAUGGUGCAGCUGUAGAAUCUUUUGAGGAUCUGAGGACCCAUGCCAAAUCUUUUCAGUCUCCUUAGGGGGGAAUAGGUUUUGUCGUGCCCUCUUCACAACUGUCUUGGUGUGCUUGGACCAUGUUAGUUUGUUGGUGAUGUGGACACCAAGGAACUUGAAGCUCUCAACCUGCUCUGCUACAGCCCCGUCGAUGAGAAUGGGGGCGUGCUCGGUCCUCUUCUUUUUCCUGUAGUCCACAAUCAUCUCCUUUGUCUUGAUCAUGUUGAGGGAGAGGUUGUUGUCCUGGCACCACAUGGCCAGGUCUUUGACCACCUCCCUAUAGACUGUCUCAUCGUUGUCGGUGAUCAGGCCUACCGCUGUUGUGUCAUUGGCAAACUUAAUGAUGGUGUUGGUGUCGUGCCUGGCCAUGCAGUCAUGAGUGAACAGGUAGUACAGGAGGGGACUGAGCACGCACCCCUGAGGGGCCCCCGUGUUGAGGAUCAGCGUGGCGGAUGUGUUGUUACCUACAACCUGGGGUCGGCCCAUCAUGAAGUCCAGGAUCCAGUUGCAGAGGGAGGUGUUUAGUCCCAGGGUCCAUAGCUUAGUGAUGAGCUUUGAGGGCACUAUGGUGUUGAACGCUGAACUGUAGUCAAUGAAUAGCAUUCUCACAUAGGUGUUCCUUUUGUCCAGGUGUGAACGCGCAGUGUGGAGCGCAAUAGACAUUGCAUCAUCUGUGGAUCUGUUUGUGUGGUAUGCAAAUUGGAGUGGGUCUAGGGUUUCUGGGAUAAUGGUGUUGAUGUGAGCCCUGACCAGCCUUUCAAAGCAAUUCAUGGCUACAGACGUGGGUGCUACGGGUCGUUAGUCAUUUAGGCAGGUUACCUUAGUGUUCUUUGGCACAGGGACUAUGGUGGUCUGCUUGAAACAUGUUGGUAUUACAGACAGGGAGAGGUUGAAAAUGUCAGUGAAGACACUUGCCAGUUGGUCAGUGCAUGCUCGGAGUACACGUCCUGGUAAUCCGUCUGGCUCUGCGGCCUUGUGAAUGUUGACCUGUUUAAAGGUCUUACUCACAUCGGCUACGGAGAGUGUGAUCACACAGUCGUCCGGAACAGCUGAUGCUCUCAUGCAUGUUUCAGUGUUACUUGCCUCGAAGCGAGCACAAAAGUAAUUUAGCUCGUCUGGUUGGCUCGUGUCACUGGACAGCUCGCGGCUGUGCUUCCCUUUGUAGUCUGUAAUAGUUUGCAAGCCCUGCCACAUCCGAAGAGCAUCGGAGUUUGUGUAGUACGAUUCAAUCUUAGUCCUGUAUUGACGAUUUGCCUGUUUGAUGGUUUGUCGGAGGGCAUAGUGGGAUUUCUUAUAAGCUUCCGGGUUAAGAGUUCCGCUCCUUGAAAGCGGCAGCUCUACCUUAGAAGUUACAAAAUAAGUUACAAACAAUGCGAAAAAACACACAAAAUAGCCCGGUUGGUUAAUAGUCCAUAACACAUUUACAUUACAUUUACGUCAUUUAGCAGACGCUCUUAUCCAGAGCGACUUACAAAUAGGAUAUUUUGUGUUGAGGGAAGGCACAUUAUGUUGAGUUCACAGAAUGUUUUCUAACCAGACAAUGGAAACUCAGAUGUUGGUUCACUGAUAGAGGAGUAAUGGUGCUGCUGGUAGGUUCCUCAAACCUGGGUUGUAUUCAUUAGUGCACACCGUUUCAAGACGUAGCAAAACUCAAAUAAGCGUUUCUUAUUGGAAAAGUUCAGGCAGUCCCACCCCGUGUCAGUCAGUUUUCUUCCGUUUGGGGUCUAGUGAAUACCACCCUGUUGUUGGACGGCAGCCAUCCCCUCCGGCGCCAUUGACAUUUUGUUACGUUACAGCCUUAUUCUAAAAUUGAUUAAAUAAAAAUUGUCCUCAAUCUACACACACUACCCCAUAAUGACAAAGCGAAAACAGGUUUUCAGACAUUUUAUCAAAUGUAUUACAAAUAAAAAAGAUACCUUAUUUACAUAAGUAUUCAGACCCUUUGCUAUGAGACUCGAAAUUGAGCUUAGGUGCAUCCUGUUUCCUUUGAUCAUCCUUGAGAUGUUUCUACAACUUGAUUGGAGUCCACGUGGUAAAUUCAAUUGAUUGGACAUGAUAUGGAAAGUCCCACAGUUGACAGUGCAUGUCAGAGUAAAAACCAAGCCAUGAGGUCGAAGGAAUUGUCCGUAGAGCUCGGAGACAGGAGAAUGUGGAGGCACAGAUCUGGGGAAGGGUACAAUUUUAAAACAUUUUAGAAUAAGGCUGUAACGUAACAAACUGUGGAAAAAGUCUAGGGGUCAGAAUACUUUCCAAAUGCACUGUAUAAAACCUGCCUUUAUUUCAUUAUUCGGAGUGGCACCAUAGGAGGCCCCCUCUAAACAGUUAUAUGGGCAACAUGCUGGCAUUUUUUAAAACUAUUUAUUGAGGAAAUUGCCCAUGAAUGUGGGUACUGACCUAAAAACAAACACAUUCUAAACCACCUUGUUUUACAAAUGGAUGUUCAAACCUUAAUGGUGCAGGUGUCUGUUCUAACCUGGGCUGACUAUGUUGUCCUGCAGAUUGGCCGCUCCACAGAGAGCCCCAUAGACUUUGUGGUGACGGACACAGUGUCUGGGGGUCAGGAGGGAGAGGAGACGCCCAUCACCCAGAGCACCAUCUCGCGCUUCGCCUGCCGUGUCGUGUGUGAGCGGGUCCUGCCCUACACCGCCCGCAUCUACGCUGCUGGCUUUGACUCCUCCAAGAACAUCUUCCUGGGGGUAAGACUGGGCUCACAGGGGACUGUCCCAAGGUUAGGAAUAAUAAUAAUAAUAAUAUGCCAUUUAGCAGACGCUUUUAUCCAAAGCGACUUACAGUCAUGCGUGCAUACAUUUUUCGUGUAUGGGUGGUCCCGGGGAUCGAACCCACUACCUUGGCGUUACAGGCGCCGUGCUCUACCAGCUGAGCUACAGAGGACUGUCUCCUGGGUUGACUGGUAUUCAGAUUUGUUGUUGUUGUUGUUCAUUUUAUGACAAUAAUGCACAAUGGAACACUUCUAGCAUGUUUUUGAUUUCUCCUCUUGUUUUCCUCCUAAGAAUCUAAGCCUGGUUCGCAAAUGCAUGUCUAGCAUUCCAGACAGAACGAACUAGAUUAGCACACAAUUUAUACUAGCACCAGUGUUAUGUAAGCCCACUACAGUGUGACUUUCCCCCUGUCUCAUCCUCAGGAAAAAGCCGCCAAGUGGAAGAACCCGGAUGGUCACAUGGACGGGCUAACAACCAAUGGAGUGCUGGUGAUGCACCCCAGGGGUGGGUUCACGGAGGAGUCCAAGCCCGGUGUAUGGAGGGAGAUCUCUGUGUGUGGGGACGUUUACACCUUGAGAGAGACCCGCUCUGCUCAGACCCGCGGCAAACUGGUCAGUAGCACUGAUGAUGCUCCACCAUUACCCUCAUCAAAUCUGUUCUCAGUCAUUAGGUCAAAUAAAGAACCAUUAAAAAACAUCAGAGCAUUCAACAUUAUACUGUUACAUCUUUAAAAUUCCAUACCCAAUUACACCAAAACCAAAUUGAUCCCUAUACCACUCUACAAAGGAAGCAAUGUUUUUUUCUUUUAAAAACAUAGUUUCCAUAUACUUUGUGUUCAAACCCAGCUGUGUCAGUGUUAAGCCCAAUGUAACCUAAUGGAGCUGUGUGUGCUGCGUUGCCCCCUGCAGGUGGAGUGUGAGAGCAACGUGCUGCAGGACGGCUCCCUGGUAGACCUGUGUGGAGCCACCCUGCUGUGGCGCACAGCUGACGGCCUCUUCCACACGCCCACCCAGAAGCACCUGGAGGCCCUGCGGCAGGAGAUUAACGCAGCGCGGCCCCAGUGCCCUGUGGGCCUCAACACCCUGGCUUUCCCCAGCAUGCAGCGCAGCCGCGCCCUCUCCUCCCUGGAGGACAAGCAGCCCUGGGUCUACCUGGCCUGUGGCCACGUGCAUGGCUACCACAACUGGGGUCACCGCUCUGAGCAGGAGCCCAACGCCCAGCGAGAGUGCCCCAUGUGCCGGACCGUGGGACCCUACGUGCCGCUGUGGCUGGGCUGCGAGCCCGCCUUCUACGUGGACGUGGGCGCCCCCACACACGCCUUUGUGCCGUGCGGACACGUGUGCUCGGAGAAGUCGGCAAAGUACUGGGCGGAGAUCCCUCUGCCCCAUGGCACCCACGCCUUCCACGCUGCCUGCCCAUUCUGUGCCACCCAGCUCAGCCUCACCCAGGGCUGUGCCAAGCUCAUCUUCCAGGGCCCCAUUGAC